AUGAAUUUGUCGCUUGUUGACCCGUUCGUCCUGGCGCAGGACUAUCCAGACAACCUGACAGAGAAGUUACGAAGUGGCCAUGCGACCUGUCUCCGAUUCAACCAUACUGGCGACUAUCUAGCAUCCGGCCGAGUGGAUGGUACCGUCGUGAUUUUUGACAUUGAGACCAAUGGAGUCGCGCGUAAGUUGCAAGGUCACACCCGGCAGAUCCAGUCUCUCAGUUGGUCUCGAGAUGGUCGGUACCUUCUUACAUCCUCACAGGAUUGGAAGUGUAUAUUGUGGGACUUGAAGGAUGGCUCGCGCGUGCGCACAGUCAGAUUCGAAGCACCAGUCUACAUUGCGGAGUUACAUCCAUUCAACCAUCUCCUCUUUGUGGCUUCCCUAUUCGAAGACCAACCCGUCCUCGUCGACAUUUCCUCGCCAAACCCAAUCAAGCGAAUUAUCCCGUCCCGCACCCUCCGCCCUCAACCCACGAACGGAGAAGAAGUCGACCCUGCUGUCGCCGCUAAACAAGCAGCCCAAGAUGCGAAGCACUCGACCUGCGUCACCAUAUUCACAGCAUUCGGCAAUCACAUUAUCGCUGGCACCUCCAAGGGCUGGAUCAACAUCAUUGAGACGGAAACAUGCACGACGAUCCAUUCCAUGCGUCUUUGCAAUGGAGUUGUUAUCCUCGCCCGCCUUGCCAACAACGGGCGUGACCUACUGGUGAACAGCUCAGACCGUGUCAUUCGCACCGUCCUCAUGCCCGACCUCUCCCAGUUGGGUAUAGAUUUCGAACCCUCCGCUAUCAAGCUACAAGUCGAGCACAAAUUCCAAGAUGUUGUCAACAGAUUAAGCUGGAAUCACGUCACGUUCUCUUCAACUGGCGAAUUUGUGACCGCAACCACAUUCAUGAAUCCGGAUAUCUACGUCUGGGAACGCAGCCACGGCUCUCUCGUCAAGAUCCUCGAGGGUCCACGCGAGGAGCUCGGCGUGGUUGAAUGGCACCCCUCUCGUCCCAUGGUGGUCGCUUGUGGUCUGGAGUCUGGCUGCAUCUAUACAUGGUCGAUCAUUAGUCCUCAAAAAUGGUCUGCGCUGGCUCCAGAUUUCGGCGAGGUUGAAGAGAACGUCGAGUACGUGGAGCGCGAAGAUGAGUUCGACGUCCACCCUGCCGAGCAGGUGCAUCAACGGCGACUCGACCUCGAGGAUGAAGAGCCCGACGUGAUCACUUUGGAUCGUGCCGAAAACACCAUCGACGCAGAACAGACUGGUGUUUUCAGCGUCCCAGUCCUUCUAGAUAUUUCGGAUAGCGAAAGUGGCGAGGAUAUUAUAGCAGUAGGACCGGGUACUAUGCGCCGCCGCUCUCCCGGCGACGGAGAUGCCGACAAGGACUCCAAAUCCGGUGCCAAUGGCGUCGCUCGUGGCGCAGGCAGGAACCGCAGGCGAUGA